AUGGCCCCAAGGCUCAUCGCUGUGGUCGGAGCGACUGGAACUCAAGGCGGCGCAGUGGCCAGGCUCCUACUCCAGUGGCCUGAAGAGUACCGAGUUCGUGCCAUUACACGCAAUACAACUUCUGAAGCUGCCGAGGCUCUACUCUCAGCGGGUGCUGAAGUCUUCCAGGCGGACCAGAACGACGAAGAUCAGAUGAAUGACGCCUUCGAAGGGUGCUGGGGCGUUUUCGCGGUGACAACAAGCUAUGACCCGGCCGUUAUCAAGCGUCCUGAGUUGGAGGAGGAACACGGUCGGACAAUGGCACGCGCUGCUUCACGGAGUGGAGUCGAAUGCUAUGUUUGGAGUACUUUGCCAAGUUCGAAACAACUAACCAGAGGAGAGGUUGAGGCACGGAUCUAUGAUUCGAAGCAUCUGGUUGACGCCUACAUUCAAGAGCUGGGCUUGCCGUCCACAUUCAUCUUGACUGCCACAUUCUACGAGAAUCUGAUCACCAGAAAGCACGCAGUCUACAUCAAAGACGAAGACCGCAUCGAGUUUCGUCAUCCUGUCAUUGAGGAGGAUACUGGCUUACAAAUGGUGUGGAUUGAGAAAGAUCUAUCCGCGAUUGUGAAGGCCGUCCUCGAUGAGUGGGACGCCAAAAAGGAUGAGCUCAACCAUCAGUAUCUCUUCGCAUCCAGUGGACGAGUGACAUAUUCAGAUCUUGUCCACCUUAUACAGAAAGUCUCUGGAAAACCGACGAAGUAUGUCCUCGAGACAUCUUCGGGAAUCCCCGAACGAGACAAGCUAUUCAAGAUGUACAAUCGUUUCAAGCAGAACUAUCCAGGCUUUGUGGCGCCGGAUCCCCAGGUCCUGGCAUUGGGGGUACGGCUUGCAGAGCCUGAGGACUUUGUGAGAGAGCGGAUCUUACCUGCCCUGGGGCUGUAG